GGGCUAGAAAAUCAACAUCAUGGGAUGCUGCUUUUCCAUAAAGCAAUUUGAACACACUGAAAAUGAUAACCGACAAUUGAAACGGGUAUUUUCAGAGAAAAGGAGGCGGUCAGAGGCAUGCUCUCGUCGUAAUCAGAACGAGGCUCCUGAGGAUAAACAGAAUCCAGUACAUCAAACCUACAACUUCUACUACAAUGGAAGACCUGCUGAACCUUACACUGUUCCAGAAGAGGGUCAGGAUCCCAGAGCACCCAACUUACAUGUACCAAUGACGUUGCCAUUAUUUACGUAUCAAUUGCAAUUAGAAAGUGAAAAAGAAAAAGAAAGAGAAACUGAAAGAGAAAAUGAAAGAGAAACUGAGAGAGAACGUGAGAUCCCUGAACUACCUCCUUCUCCAGAGCCCAGAACAGUGUACCUACGUAUUAAAAAGUGA